CUGGGCGGAGAGAAAAGGGGUCGCGUCUCACCUUUCAGCAAAGAUAGAGAGGGGGAGAUAUUCGAAAAGUUCAGUCUGCCCUCGGCGCGCUUGCUUGCAAGGCACGACUAGCCCUCUCAUUAUUGGCCGCCUGUCAGCACCGUAACAGACGGCAGAUGCGAGCAUUCAAACAAGAUCCGUUUCUGAGCUGAGCAGACCAUGCAGACACAGGCAGUUUGAGUAGGUUUUGUAAGAGGGAGGAGGACGGAAGGAAGCAAAGAGGGGAAAAGAGCCGGAGAAAAGUUUGUUUAAGAGACUAGUGACGGAGACGUUGCCGGUUGGUCGUAAAGCGCACGGUGGUGAAAAGACUGUUCAGAGCUGGUAUCGCCGGGCAAAUCUAUAGACAAGUGUUCCGUCGUUGGCCGCUGACCCGUGGAGAGAGGGAUUUUAUUGAUAUUCGACAGCUGCCGGCCACUCGCCUGCUUCUGUUUGCUGGGAUUUAGAUGCGUUGGGAAGCCACCAUGCGGCGCGAUCCCAUUUUGUUCGCUUCCAGGGCCAUGGAGGAGUUGGUGUGUGAGCUGCGUCUGUUCCUGGACCUGCUGGACAGGGAGUAUCUGAGUUCUGGGGUCAGGGAGAAGAAGAUGCUCAUCUCCAACAUCCUCCACAGGGUCCUCAACGCUAAUGAGCCCUCGUUCAAGUCAGAGAUCCACAGCAGCCUCCCGGCCCCCCCUCAGAUGCCCCUCCCAGAGAUCCCACAACCCUGGCUGCCUCCAGACAACGGGCCUCCUCCUCUCCCCAGCUCGUCUCUCCCAGAGGGCUACUAUGAAGAAGCUGUCCCCCUCAGUCCUGGAAAAGCCCCAGAAUACAUCACCUCCAACUACGAUUCGGACCAGAUGAGCAGUUCGUAUGAGUCGUAUGACGAGGAGGAGGAGGACGGGAAGGGUAGAGGGAAGAAGAUGCGACACCAGUGGCCUAGCGAGGAGGCCUCCAUGGAUCUCGUCAAGGACGCACGCAUCUGUGCCUUCCUGCUGCGCAAGAAACGCUUCGGCCAGUGGACCAAGCUGCUCUGUGUCAUCAAGGACAACAAGCUGCUGUGCUACAAGUCAUCUAAAGACCAAGCGCCCCAGAUGGAGCUAGUGUUAUCAGGCUGCAGCAUCACACACGUCCCCAAGGACGGCAAGAAGAAGAAACACGAGCUGAAGAUAGUGCACCAGGGAGCAGAUGCCCUGGUCCUGGCCGUGCAGAGCAAAGAGCAGGCUGAGGAGUGGCUCAAGGUGAUGAGGGAGGUGUGCAGCAACGGAGGGGACUCAGAUGGAGCAGGCGCCGGAUCUCCUGUACACAAGCCCGACCUGGAGAAGAAGGUGUCAUGUGAUAGGCCGAGCUCAGAUGGCGAGCCGCCCCAUGAGAACGGACACACCGUCACCGACUGUAAGGACCAAGGUAAAGGAAAGAAGGACUCUCAGAAGAGUCAGAAGGGAGGCACGCUGGGAAAAGGGGCGGGAAAGAAGAUAACUAAGAUCAUUGGCCUGGGCAAAAAGAAGCCGUCCACUGACGAACAGACAUCUUCAGCCGAGGAGGACAUACCCACCUGUGGCUACCUGAACGUGAUGUCCAAUAACCGCUGGCGUGAGCGUUGGUGUCGUCUGAAGGACAACCAGCUGUUGCUCCAUAAGGACCGCGCUGACCUGAAGACCCAUAUGGCCAGCCUGCCCCUCCGAGGCUGCGAGGUCAGCCCCGGGCUGGACUCCAAACACCCCUUCGCCUUCCGCCUGCUCCGCAAUGGACAGGAGGUGGCUGUACUGGAGGCGUCCUCCUCAGAGAGUAUGGGUCGGUGGUUGGGGGUGCUGCUCGCUGAGACUGGUUCCACCACAGACCCUGCUGCCCUGCACUACGACUACAUAGACGUAGAGACUACCGCUAACGUCAUCCAGCUGGCCAAGCAGUCCUUCUGCUUCACUAGUAAACGCGUUGUAUCUCCCAACCCCUAUCUGGACAACCCUGUGAACGGUUAUGCCUGCCCCUCUGGAAUGGCACUGCACUAUGAUGAUGUGCCCAUCAAUGGAACGGACCCAGAGGCGUUAUACUCCAGCCCUGCCACCGGAGGGCGACGGCUGAGAGAGGAGGUGUUGUAUGAGGAUGCUGACCUCUAUGAGAACAUGCCUUCGCCCAAGCUGGCUGCCCGCUACUCCCCCAAGCCCAGCCGCCUAGCCUCUUCCUCCAGCCACGGCAAAACGCCUGGCCCUGUUAAAUCCAAAUUCCUUUCCUCCUCUUCCUCAGCUAACACUAACACUAAAGCCGGUACUCAGCUGAAGGGAAAGAAGGCCCCAGUGACCAAUGGGACAGCGUCUAAACAGAAGGUGGACAAGAACCAGGCCAAGAAGACCAAUGGAACAACCAGUGGAGCAUCUGUGAAACGCAACAACUCCAGCGCAGAGCAGUAUAAGUACGGUAAGAACCGCGUGGAGGCGGACGCAAAGCGGCUGCAGGCUAAAGAGGAGGAGCUGAUGAGGAGGAAGCAGGACAUCAGGAACCGUCUGACCCAGCUGAAGAAGGACCGGAAAGACCUGCGCACCGCCAUGGAGGCCAGCACCGGUAAGCGUUCCGCUGCGUCUCUGGUGGAGCGGCUGAAGAAGGUGGAGGACGAGUGCAAGCUGAAGGAGGACGAGAGGGUGAGCCUGGAGCUGGAGCUGACGGAGGUCAAGGAGAGUCUGAAGAAGGCCCUGAGUGGAGGAGUCACCCUGGGACUCACCAUUGAGCCCAAGUCUGGCACCUCCAGCCCGCAGUCCCCAGUGUUGCUGAGGCGUACCCUAGAGAACUCUCCCAUCUCCAGCUGUGACACCAGCGACACAGAGAGCUGUUCUACUCUGCCCGUCAACAGCGCCUCCCUCCUCCGCAGGACGGCCAAUCAGAAACCCUCGACCGUCCGCGGCCACGUCCUCAGGAAGGCCAAGGAAUGGGAGAUGAAGACUGGCACAUAAGCAGCAACUCUCUUCACAAACGAUCCUAUUGUACCAGCUUGUUUUUUUUGUGUGUGUAUAUAUUUAUUCACUUUUCACAUGGGGGAAGAAGGUUGAAGAGGAGUACACUACAAGCGUAGCAUAGCCAACCAGAAAGACGAUGCUGAUUUGAGUAUACUUUAUUUCCAAAACAUAAAGAAAUAGCACUCUUUUUGUAGCUUACUAUUGUAUAAUACCGUG